AUGAGCCAUCAAGAUGGAAGUACAAUUUUUGAACACUUGGUUACAAAGGGGAUGGAUCUUUCGUACCGAAUGAAAUCACAUUGGAAUAAGCAUGGAGAGAAACAAGAAAGUGGUGAGAAGCUUGAUUAUGAAGCCACUAAGGACGAGACAUAUAACUUAUUCCAAGCUGCCUACUUUAUAGAUGAAGAACUUGUUCAGCCUAUACCUAUUAAUGAACCUUCUGAACAUGGACAUGGUGACGAGUUCAUAAGGAGACUAGAAGAAGCACAAACUCCUUUGUAUCCAGGCUGCGAAAGUUACACAAAGUUGUCAGCCAUUGUAGAUUUGUAUGGACUCAAAGGCAAGAGUGGAUUAUCAAGUAAACAUUUCAAUGAGUUGUUAGAUUCAGCUGUCUCGAUUAAAAGCUUCCUCAAGAUAUUUGACAUGGGGUAUGAAAAGAUUCACGCUUGUGUGAAUGAUUGCUGUCUCUUUAGAAAGAAGUAUGAGGAACUGGACUACUGUCCAACAUGUGGUGCUUCAAGAUGGAAGAUAAAUAAGCGUAGUAAAGAAAUAAGAAAAGGCGUUCCAGUUAAGGUUUUGAGAUAUUUUCCUAUUAUUCCUAGAUUUAAAAGGAUGUUCAGGUCUUCACAAAUGGCUAAAGAUUUGAGAUGGCAUUUUGAUAACAAAAGCACAGACGGGAAAAUGCGUCACCCUGUUGAUUCUUUAGCUUGGGACCUGGUUAAUGAUAAAUGGCCCUCAUUUGCAGCUGAUCCACACAAUCUCAGACUUGGACUUGCUACUGAUGGUUUCAACCCGUUCUCCAUCUUAAGCUCUAAAUAUAGUUGUUGGCCGGUAAUGCUUGUGAAUUAUAAUUUGCCUCCUAUGUUGUGCAUGAAGAAAGAUAAUAUUAUGCUAACAUUGCUGAUUCCUGGUCCAAAGCAACCGGGAAACGACAUAGAUAUCUAUUUGCAACCACUUGUAGAUGAUUUGCAAUUGUUGUGGGAGAAUGGGGUUGAGGCUUAUGAUGCAUUUAGCAAAUCAACUUUCAAUUUGAAGACAAUGUUGAUGUGGACUAUAAAUGACUUUCCAGCAUAUGGAAAUCUUGCUGGCUGUUCUACAAAAGGAAGAAAAGCAUGCCCUAUAUGUGGGAAAAUACACAUCAUAGAAGGUGGAGACAAAAAAAGAAAAAGGAAUAAUAAUGAGAAUGAUGGUGAUGAUGAUGAGGAUGAGGAUGACACAAGUGACAUUGAUAAUCAGAAUGAGCUUACUAGGUGGAAGAAAAGAUCUAUCUUUUUUUCUUUACCGUACUGGAAGGAACUUGUAUUACGUCAUAAUUUAGACGUGAUGCACAUAGAGAAAAACAUUUGUGAGAGCAUAAUAAGCACUAUGUUGCAUAGUGGGAAAUCAAAAGAUGGGAUAAAUGCUCGUAAGGACUUGGAAGAUAUUGGAAUUAGGAAAGACUUGCAUCCAGAACAGCGGGGAAGCAGAUUGUACCUUCCACCAGCACCACAUACAUUUUCAAGGUCUGAAAAGAAAAGAUUUUGCAAGAGGAUAUAUGACUUCAAAGGGCCUGAUGGUUAUUGCUCAAAUAUCGGGAACUGCAUAACAUUGGAGGAUUGUAAGAUUAUGAGGCUUAAAUCUCAUGAUUAUCAUGUCCUAAUGCAGCAAUUGUUGGCUAUUGCUAUAAGAGGAUUGUUACCGAAAGAGCCUAGAAAAGCGAUAAUUCGAUUAUCUAGAUUUUUUAAUAGAUUAUGCCAGCGUGCUAUUGAUAGAGAAAAGUUGUUGGACCUUGAGAAUGAGAUAAUUGAAACUUUGUGUCAACUGGAACGCUUUAUCCCGCCGUCAUUUUUUGAUAUCAUGAUUCCUAUUGACUCGAAUGAUCAUUCAAAGACAUUAAGAUGGUUGGCAUAUGGUCCUAAAAAGAGUGCACUAUCAUGUAAGGGAUACAUUAUCAAUGGGCUACGGUUUCACACAAAGGAUGUUGAUAGGGAAACACAAAAUAGUGGGGUGACUUAUGAUGCAAUAACUAUGUGUAGAGCAAGUGCAAAAGAUACUGCACAAGUGGCUCAUCUGGAUUCAUAUUAUGGAAUAUUGACAGAUAUCAUUUUACUAGACUACCAUCUAUUUUAUGUUCUAUUGUUUAAGUGUCAUUGGGCCAAUAAAGGAAAUGGUGUUAAGGAAGAAGAUGGAUUCACACUUGUAAACUUAUAG